UGCAGCGUGAGAAAGCCCGUAGCAGAAACCAACCGAACAAACAGUGUUCAGCAUUCAAGAUGGCAGGAGCGGAUAGCGACGACUCUCUUUACCCUAUUGCCGUAUUAAUUGACGAAUUAAGGAAUGAAGAUGUUCAGUUACGGUUGAACAGCAUCAAGAAACUGUCCACCAUUGCCUUAGCUUUGGGGGUCGAAAGGACACGCACUGAACUUCUCCCGUUCCUCACUGAUACCAUCUAUGAUGAGGAUGAAGUUCUGCUCGCCCUUGCUGAACAGUUGGGUAGCUUCACCAUGCUGGUUGGAGGACCUGAAUAUGUGCACUGUCUCCUUCCCCCUUUGGAGAGUUUGGCAACAGUAGAAGAGACUGUGGUGCGAGACAAGGCGGUGGAGUCUUUGCGGAAGAUCUCCCAUGAACACUCUCCAGUGGACUUGGAAGUGCACUUUGAGCCUCUGGUGAAGCGUUUGGCCAGUGGUGACUGGUUCACAUCACGUACUUCUGCCUGUGGACUCUUCAGUGUCUGCUACCCACGAGUUUCAAGCACAGUCAAAGCGGAGAUUCGGCAGCACUUCCGCACCCUUUGUUCUGAUGACACUCCCAUGGUGCGCCGUGCCGCAGCCUCCAAGCUGGGCGAGUUUGCCAAAGUUUUGGAGCUGGAGUAUGUUAAGAGUGACAUAAUUUCUCUCUUCACUGCAUUGGCAUCUGAUGAACAGGACUCUGUUCGUCUUCUAGCUGUGGAGGCUGGUGUCAGCAUUGCCACUUUAUUGCCCCAAGAAGACCUGGAAGCUCUGGUAAUGCCCACCUUACGGCAGGCAGCAGAGGACAAGUCCUGGAGGGUUCGCUACAUGGUUGCAGACAAAUUCUCAGAUCUGCAGAAGGCCGUAGGUCCAGAGAUUACAAAGAACGACCUAGUGCCGGCUUUCCAGAAUCUUCUUAAAGACUGUGAGGCUGAGGUUCGGGCAGCUGCUGCCAACAAGGUCAAAGAAUUUUGUGAGAAUUUACCAGAGGACAGCAGAGAGACGAUCAUCAUGACACACAUUCUUCCUUGUGUUAAGGAACUUGUCUCAGACACUAAUCAGCAUGUGAAAUCUGCUCUGGCUUCAGUCAUCAUGGGCCUCUCCACCAUCUUGGGCAAAGACAAUACUGUUGAGCACCUGCUUCCCCUUUUCCUGGCCCAGCUCAAAGAUGAGUGUCCAGAGGUCCGCCUCAACAUCAUCUCCAACUUGGACUGCGUAAAUGAGGUGAUUGGAAUCCGACAGCUUUCCCAGUCUCUGCUUCCUGCUAUCGUUGAACUGGCUGAAGACGCCAAGUGGAGAGUUCGACUGGCGAUCAUCGAGUACAUGCCACUUCUGGCUGGACAGCUGGGUGUAGAGUUCUUUGAUGAGAAGCUGAAUUCUCUGUGUAUGGCGUGGCUCGUUGAUCAUGUAUAUGCCAUCAGAGAGGCAGCUACCUGUAACCUGAUGAAGCUGGUGGAGAAGUUUGGAGCAGAGUGGGCACAGAACACCAUUGUACCCAAAGUCCUGGGCAUGGCCAAUGACCCCAACUAUCUGCACAGAAUGACUACCCUUUUCUGCAUCAAUGCUUUGUCUGAGGUGUGUGGCCAGGACAUUACCACCAAACACAUGCUCCCUGUAGUUUUGAAGAUGUCCAAUGACCAGGUUGCCAAUGUACGCUUCAAUGUGGCCAAGUCUCUUCAGAAGAUUGGACCUGUGCUGGACAGCAACUCUCUGCAGACAGAAGUGAAACCAGUGCUGGAGAAACUGGCAUCCGAUCAAGACAUGGAUGUCAAAUACUUCGCCCAAGAGGCCAUCAGUGUUCUUGCCCUGGCCUAAUUUACCUUCUUGCUGAACACAAGACCCAUCUCAUGCUGACAUCCAGGAUCAUCCACUGGACUGUUAGUGGAGAAUCAAUGAGUUCUGUUUCCUCUCAGUGAGAAAUGUUUUGGGGAAACUUGGCUUCUCUCUCUCAGUGUUUUGUCAGAUUGUAACUCUCUUCACCCUCAGAUUUGAAUGAACAUUCACAACACACCAUCUUACUUUUCAUUCUUACCCCACAAUAAGGCUGCCACCAAACACCCUUCCCUGCUCUGUGUAUUUUGCUAACCCUCAUCUUAGGGUCUCUUAGAUGGCGUUUUACUGUUUGCGUAACAAUGUAAUGACUGCUUAGCCAUUGUUGCAUCAUAGAAUUAGAAAAAGCAUUUUAUUAGAUGUAAUGGUUGAGAUGUCAGUUGUCCAGAUUUUACUGUAAUGCAUAACUUCUGUCACCAACCUACUCUUAUGGACUGAACCGUGUUUGCUCUUACUGCUGAUUUUAGUACGCAUGAGUUUUGACCCAUGCAUGCAUACAGCAUGGCGAAGGGUGAAUCACUUCUGCUACUGUCGUUUAAUCUGUUCCUGUAGCCCUCUGUCUUACACUGACUGUUGGUGGACCAAGACUCCUGAAAGCACUAGCCACGCCACAUGUCCAUGCAUUCAGUGGCAUGCUCUUAUACUGUUCUCUCAAUUCCUAAAAAAAAACCCAAGAGCUUAUUUUCUUAAAGGGACCACAAUAAAUUGUAAUCUCCUUCCUGUAACUGUAAUAACAAAGGAUGGGUACUCCUAAACAGCCCUGUGUAUUUUUAGAUGGCAAGCUCUUUUCUGUGCCAUUGACUAUAUUGCACAUUUUCAGUGAAUUUGUUUUCUUUUGUUAUUAUUUUUCUAAAGAUGUCUACCUUGUGUCCUUUGCAUGCUUCUUGCACACAGGUUACAUAGGCCAUCAGUAUAGAUUGAGGAGAACCUCGAUUAACCACAGGACAAGUAUAAAACAGUGAUGGGUAAUCCCGAUUCCCAAUUUUCCGGACACAUUUGCUUUGCUUGUGAUGUUGACUGUCCAAUUCCUCUUCAGCUUCAGAGGGCAGCCAGUAUAGUAGUAUCUUCUAUGUUAUGUGUCAACAGAAUGUGCUUUGGGUUUUAUAUGAAUAUGGUCACAUUGCCCUUGAUAGAAUGGAAACUCAAUAAAAAACAUGAUAUAA